AUGAUUGUGGGGUGCUAUUCAGUUGGAAAUUCACUUCCUGUUGAACCAUAUUUCUUAGAACAGCGUUACCUUGAUGCCAUCAACGGAAUCAUACGCCCAAGCCCCGGCUCUAAAUAUGCGGCUUGCUCUACGUGUUCUUCGCCAAAAUCAACCUCUCCAGAUGGAUGUACUAGCGGGGAAUCACCGUUCCACUACCUAGGUAUGCAGCAGUUACAGAAGGGUAUGGUUUCAAUGCAGAGAGUGAGAAGCUCUCCAAGUUUAUCCAGCCUUACAAACAGCUACAAUAAUACACAACAGUUACAGCAGCAGCAGCAGCAACCGCAUAAUCACGGUAUUAGUAGAAGUAGGAGUAGUCAUUAUCAAUACCAGCAACUCUCUCUUGUUGGUGGACUUACACCAAUACAUGAAGUAGGGAUUGGAAUGGGAAGGAUAUCGCCAUCUCAGAUGACUAUGAAUAUGAUGACAGAUAAUAUGAGUAGUAGCAGUAGCAGUAGGGGUAUGAAUUACUAUUACUCUAAUGCAAACAGACCCCAUAAAGGUUAUGCAUACCAUGAUGAAUCAGUUGGUCAUGUUAUUCCAUCAGUCCCCCGGAGUCCCAGAACGUAUCUAGGUGAAUGACUAUCACUUCAUUCCUCUCCUCCUCUUUCCUCAACGACAUUCUUUCAUCCAUUUGUAUAUAUGUACAUUAGAACCGAAGUGUUGUAAAUCAGUAAUUGUAGUUUUUCAUUUUAUUUGCUUCCAUUCUAAGGAAUUAACAAAUUCAUAGAUUAGAUUGUCUACUUCUGAUACUAUUAUCAUUAUUGGGUUCAAGUAUCUGUUGCUUACAUUGCUAUCUAAGAGGAUCUUGCAUUUCUGAUUAACAUGCAAACGAUCAUUCCUUUUUUAGGAAGCAAAGUAGUAGUGUCAUCUCUUCUAAUAGGUUCAUGCAAAUUUAUCUUAUUUUUCUUAUAUCAAAUUACAACAUUUUCGGCCUGUAAACUCCGUCCACAAUACAUGUAAUCCAGACAA